AACCGGCUCUGAAAUCAGGCUCAGCGGCUGCAGCAGGAACCGGACCCGGCACCGGAGCGGCGGCGGCGGCAGCGGUACCGCCUCCUCACCCGGCGGCGGCAGCAGCGGCGGCGGCGGCAGCGGCGGCGGCGGUAGCGGCCCCUCCUCACCCGAACAUCAGGGCCCUCCAGACCCAGGCGCCCCAACAAAUUCCUAGAGGACCUGUACAGCAGCCUCUCGAGGAUCGGAUCUUCACUCCUACUGUCUCGGCAGUGUACAGCACGGUAGCAAGACAGCCGGGACCCCCGACCCCUUCCCCUUAUGCGGCACAUGAAAUAAACAAGGGGCAUCCAAAUCUCGCGGCAACGCCCCCGGGACAUGCAUCGUCCCCUGGACUCUCUCAAACCCCUUAUCCCUCUGGACAGAAUGCAGGUCCAACCACGUUGGUAUACCCUCAAGCCCCUCAGACAAUGAAUUCGCAACCUCAAACCCGUUCUCCGAUCCUGGUUCUCCCCAGGGGGUGGAGGAACCAUUCUAAAGAGCCCAGCAGAACAGUGCCAAUACAUUGCACAGACAACUGGAAGAGGAGGAAGGUUUUGGAACAGACUCCCGUUUACAGGUCCUUGGCUGGAAGAGGCUGGAUAAAAUACUGCAUUUUUGCAGCGGGGCCUCGACCUGCCCAUCAUCAGGGAGGAUUCAGACCUAUCCAGUUUUUCCAGAGGCCUCAAAUACAGCCUCCUAGAGCUACCAUCCCGAACAGCAGUCCUUCCAUUCGCCCUGGUGCACAGACGCCCACUGCAGUGUACCAGGCCAAUCAGCACAUCAUGAUGGUUAACCAUCUGCCCAUGCCGUACCCAGUGCCGCAGGGCCCUCAGUACUGUAUACCACAGUACCGUCAUAGUGGCCCUCCUUAUGUUGGGCCCCCACAGCAGUAUCCCGUUCAACCACCGGGGCCAGGUCCUUUUUACCCUGGACCAGGACCAGGGGACUUCCCCAAUGCCUAUGGAACGCCUUUUUACCCAAGUCAGCCAGUGUAUCAGUCAGCACCUAUCAUAGUGCCUACGCAGCAGCAGCCCCCUCCAGCCAAGAGAGAGAAAAAAACAAUAAGAAUUCGGGAUCCAAACCAGGGCGGUAAAGACAUAACAGAAGAGAUUAUGUCUGGAGGUGGCAGCAGAAACCCUACUCCACCCAUAGGGAGGCCCACAUCCACACCUACUCCUCCGCAGCAGCUGCCCAGCCAGGUCCCCGAGCACAGCCCUGUGGUUUAUGGGACUGUGGAGAGCGCUCAUCUUGCUGCCAGCACCCCUGUCACUGCAGCUAGCGACCAGAAGCAAGAAGAGAAGCCAAAACCGGAUCCAGUAUUAAAGCCUCCCUCCCCAGUGCUUAGGCUAGUCCUUAGCGGAGAGAAGAAAGAACAAGUGGGCCCGAUGUCUGAGACUACUGCAGUGGAGUCCAUCCCAGAGCUUCCUCUGCCUCCGUCACCAACUGCUGUUUCUCCAGUUGCUCGAAGUACGAUCGCUUCCCCCACCUCUGCUGCUCUCAGUGGCCAGCCGAUAUUCACCACUGCUCUAGGUGACAGGUGUGAACUCUCCUCCUCAAAAGAAGACACAGUUCCUAUACCUAGCCCCACAUCUUGCACAGAAACAUCAGAUCCUUCACAAACAGAUGUAAUUGAUGAUGAUAUAUGCAAGAAAUCUUGUAGUGUAGCACCUAAUGAUAUUCCACUGAUUUCUAGUACAAACCUGAUUAAUGAAAUGAAUGGAGUUAGUGAAAAAUUACCAGCCACGGAGAGCAUUGUGGAAUUAGUAAAACAGGAGGUGUUGCCAUUGACUCUUGAAUUGGAGAUUCUGGAAAAUCCCCCGGAAGACAUGAAAGUGGAGUGUGUUUCAGCACCCAUCACCCCUUCCACAGUUCCUUUCUUUCCUCCAUCUCCUCCAACUCCUCCAGCCUCUCCUCCCACACCAGUCAUUGUUCCUGCUGCUGCCACUGAUGUUAGCGCUGCUAGUGCUCCCACUGCAGUCCAGAGAAUCUUAGAAGAGGAUGAGAGCAUAAGAACUUGCCUUAGUGAAGACGCAAAAGAGAUUCAGAACAAAAUAGAGGUAGAAGCAGAUGGGCAAACAGAAGAGAUUGUGGAGUCUCAGAACUUAAGUUCAAGAAAAAGCCCUGUCCCAGCUCAGACAGCUCUGACUGCACCAAAGACGUGGAAGAAGCCAAAAGACCGGACCCGCACCGUCGAAGAGGCGUCAGAAGCAGAAUUGGAGCCUACAGCUGAAGAAGAGCUUUCAGGUGACAAAGUACUUGAAUGUGAGCAGGAUAAAAUGAGCCAAGGGUUUCAUCCUGAGAGAGACUCCUCAGACCUAAAAAAAGUGAAAACUGUGGAAGAAAAUGGAGAAGAAACUGAGCCUGUACGUAAUGGUGCUGAGAGUGUUUCUGAGGGUGAAGGAAUAGAUGCUAAUUCAGGCUCCACUGAUAGUUCUGGUGAAGGGGUCACAUUCCCAUUUAAACCAGAAUCCUGGAAGCCUGCCGAUACUGAAGGCAAGAAGCAGUACGACAGGGAGUUUUUGUUGGACAUUCAGUACAUGCCAGCCUGUAUACAGAAACCGGAGGGCCUGCCCCCCAUCAGUGAUGUGGUUCUUGACAAGAUCAACCAACCCAAAUUGCCAUUGCGAACUCUGGAUCCUCGGAUUUUGCCUCGAGGACCAGAUUUUACUCCAGCCUUUGCAGAUUUUGGAAGGCAGCCCUCUGGUGGAAGAGGUGUACCUAUUUGCAAAGUGCAGAGCAGGCACGGAUUGCCAAUUCUGGAACAGAGCAAAGCACCAGCUUACACUCCACUGGUGAUGUCGCACCCAGCCCUGAAGAGCCUGCCUCUAGGGUUGUUGAAUGUCGGACCGCGGAGAUCUCAGCCUGGCCAGCGGAGAGAGCCCAGGAAGAUCAUCACGGUCUCCGUGAAAGAAGACGUGCACCUGAAAAAGGCCGAGAACGCCUGGAAGCCCAGUCAGAAACGAGACAGCCAAGCCGAGGAUCCCGAGAACAUCAAAACCCAGAUUCGCAGUGUUUACUGUGCAACAGACUGGUUGAUACAUUGCUUCAUGUCUCCCUGUCAGACCUUCACUUCUAAAGAGGAGCUUUUUAGGAAAGUUCGAAGCAUCUUAAACAAGUUGACACCACAGAUGUUCAACCAGCUGAUGAAGCAGGUGUCCGGCCUCACCGUGGACACAGAGGAGCGGCUGAAGGGGGUCAUCGACCUGGUCUUCGAGAAGGCUAUCGACGAGCCCAGUUUUUCCGUGGCUUACGCAAACAUGUGUCGGUGUCUAGUAACGCUGAAGGUGCCCAUGGCAGACAAGCCUGGUAACACAGUGAAUUUCCGGAAGCUGCUGUUGAACCGUUGCCAGAAAGAGUUUGAAAAAGAUAAAGCAGACGACGAUGUCUUUGAGAAGAAACAGAAGGAACUUGAGGCUGCCAGCGCUCCAGAGGAGAGGACGCGGCUCCAUGACGAACUGGAAGAAGCUAAGGACAAAGCGCGGCGGAGAUCCAUUGGUAACAUCAAGUUCAUCGGGGAACUCUUCAAACUCAAGAUGCUGACCGAAGCCAUCAUGCAUGACUGUGUGGUGAAGCUGCUGAAGAACCACGAUGAGGAGUCCCUGGAGUGCCUGUGUCGCCUGCUCACUACCAUUGGCAAAGACCUGGACUUUGAGAAAGCAAAGCCACGGAUGGACCAGUAUUUUAAUCAGAUGGAGAAAAUUGUGAAAGAAAGAAAAACCUCAUCUAGAAUUCGAUUCAUGCUUCAGGAUGUAAUAGACCUAAGACUGUGUAAUUGGGUAUCUCGAAGAGCAGAUCAAGGGCCUAAAACUAUUGAACAGAUUCACAAAGAGGCUAAAAUAGAAGAACAGGAAGAGCAAAGGAAGGUCCAACAGCUCAUGACCAAAGAGAAGAGAAGACCAGGUGUCCAGAGAAUGGAUGAAGGUGGGUGGAACACUGUACAAGGGGCCAAGAAUAGCCGGGUACUGGACCCUUCAAAAUUCCUCAAGAUCACUAAGCCCACAAUUGAUGAAAAAAUUCAGCUGGUACCUAAAGCGCAGCUGGGCAGCUGGGGGAAAGGCAGCAGUGGUGGAGCAAAGGCAAGCGAGACUGAUGCCUUACGGUCAAGUGCUUCCAGUUUAAACAGAUUCUCUGCUUUGCAACCUCCAGCACCCUCAGGGUCUACAUCAUCCACACCUUUAGAGUUUGAUUCCCGGCGGACCUUAACCAGCCGUGGAAGCAUGGGCAGGGAGAAGAAUGACAAGCCCCUCCCCUCUGGAACGGCUCGUCCGAACACGUUCACGAGGGGCGGCAGCAGUAAGGACCUGCUGGACAAUCAGUCUCAGGAGGAGCAGCGGAGAGAGAUGCUGGAGACUGUGAAACAGCUUACGGGAGGCAUGGAUGUGGAAAGGAACGCCACUGAGGCUGACCGGAACAAAACCAGGGAGUCAGGUUUAGUGAAACCAGAAAUUCCAACGACAUCAGCGUCUGACAAGCCUUCAUUGUCAGAAGAGGAAAUAGAGAGGAAGUCCAGAUCUAUCAUUGAUGAAUUUCUACACAUUAAUGAUUUUAAGGAAGCCAUGCAGUGUGUGGAGGAGCUGAGUGCCCAGGGCCCGCUGCACGUGUUCGUGCGGGCGGGGGUGGAGUCCACCCUGGAGAGGAGCCAGAUCACCAGGGACCACAUGGGCCGCCUCCUGCAUCAGCUGGUGCAGUCAGAAAAGCUCAGCAAACAGGACUUUUUCAAAGGUUUUUCAGAAACAUUGGAAUUGGCAGAUGACAUGGCCAUUGAUAUUCCCCAUAUUUGGUUGUACCUUGCUGAACUGGUGACGCCCAUGUUGAAAGAAGGCGGAAUCUCCAUGAGAGAACUUAUCAUAGAAUUUUGCAAACCUUUACUUCCUGUUGGAAGAGCUGGGGUCUUGCUUUCUGAAAUAUUGCACCUUCUAUGCAAACAAAUGAGCCAUAAGAAAGUGGGAGCUCUAUGGAGGGAGGCUGACCUCAGCUGGAAGGACUUUUUGCCGGAAGGGGAAGAUGUACAUAAUUUUCUCUUGGAGCAGAAGUUGGACUUUAUAGAGUCUGACAGUUCCUGUUCCUCUGAAGCACUUUCAAAGAAAGAACUCUCUGCUGAAGAGCUGUAUAAUCGGCUUGAGAAACUCAUCAUUGAGGACAAAGCGAACGAUGAACAGAUCUUUGACUGGGUAGAGGCUAAUCUAGAUGAAGCCCAGAUGAGUUCACCUACAUUCCUUAGAGCUUUAAUGACAGCUGUUUGUAAAGCAGCUAUUAUAAUAGCCGACUCUUCCACCUUCCGAGUGGACACUGCUGUGAUCAAGCAGAGAGUGCCGAUCUUACUCAAGUACCUAGACUCGGACACAGAGAAGGAACUGCAAGCACUUUAUGCACUACAGGCGUCAAUAGUAAAACUUGAUCAGCCUGCCAAUUUGCUACGGAUGUUCUUUGACUGUCUGUACGACGAAGAGGUAAUCUCCGAGGAUGCCUUCUACAAAUGGGAAAGCAGCAAGGACCCCGCAGAGCAGAACGGGAAGGGUGUGGCCCUGAAGUCUGUCACGGCCUUCUUUACGUGGCUUCGGGAAGCAGAAGAGGAAUCUGAGGAUAACUAAAAUUUCAAAUACACAAAAAGAAACAAAAGAAACAAUUUAAGUAUUUUUUUAAAAAGUUUCACGUCUUCGCCAAUCACAGUGCAGCAAGGCCAAUUCUCGCAGAAACCCCCACGUGUGCACGAGUGGGAGAGGGGAAAGAGAACAAAGGUGAUCAUGGAGGAAAAAGGUACUGGAAAUAAGUACACUUCAACCUGAGGGCGGGAGCACUAAAACCAAAAUACAUGUAUUAUUUAUAGAAAAUAUUUUCUGUUAUAAUCUUUUCUUUUUAAACGAGGACUCAUACUUUAAAAAAACACAUCUGUUUAGCAAAAAAGUUGAGAACUUUUAAUUUAUUUUAAGGACUGCAAAUGCCAGUGUAAUUUUUUAAUUUGCAGUUUCUGUAAACAACUUGUAUAAUAGAAAAGCAGAGAAAUAAAUUUCCCUCCCCUUCAGAUGCACCUCAAGUUUGUUUUAAAGCAUAGUAGUUAGUCCAGAUUUAAGAAGGUUUGGGGUGAACAAGGUAAGAAAGAUUUUUUUUUUUUGGCAUCAAAUCUUUCUGCCUGCCUCUCAGCUUGCUUCAGAAAAUUUAAAAAAAAAUCUCAAUAGUAAUCAAACAUACAUAACCUUGGAACAGAAGGAAAUGCUGUGGACCAGAGAACUCCAAGAAUUGUUUAAAAAAAAAAAGUGCUACCCUUGGAAAAGUACUCUUAAUACUUUUGAAAUCUUUAGAGCAACUAUAAGGCUUGUAAAUACAUAGAACAAAUAUUUAAAAAAACAAAAAGAAAUUGACUCAAUACUAUUUCUUUUCACUUUCAAAAUAUAAAGAACAAAAUAAAGACAAACAUUGCAAGUUUAAAAGAAA